AUGUUUAGAAAUAGUACAGGUAUCCUUUCGAGAACAAUCUCAGCAAGCUCGUCUUCAUUAAUCUUGAGGACGUUCACAACGAAGGCUCCAAAGAUCUAUACUUUUGAACAGGUCAAGAAUCUAGUGGAACACCCCAAUGAUAAAAAACUAUUGGUCGACGUGAGGGAACCCAAGGAAGUGAAAGAUUACGAAAUGCCAACAACAAUAAAUAUUCCAGUGAAUAGUGCCCCCGGUGCUCUUGGAUUGCCCGAAAAGGAGUUUCACAAGGUUUUUAAAUUCGACAAACCUCUCCAGGACAAAGAGUUGAUUUUUCUUUGUGCAAAAGGUGUUCGAGCCAAGACUGCCGAAGAACUGGCUAGAUCUUAUGGGUACGAGAACACGGGUAUCUAUCCUGGUUCCAUUGCCGAAUGGCUAGCUAAAGGCGGUGCCGAUGUCAAGUCCAAGAAAUGA